AUGAAAAUGAUUUGAUACCUGAUUUGUCCUCUUGAAGACAGAAGUGGGUAGUUGCACCAGUUCCCUUACGGUCAGAAUCCUUCCUCCAAAAUCCAUUAGCUCACUCUUUUCACCUACCAAUACCCUUUCUCUUUCUUAUAUUUCCCAUUUGUUUCUUCACUUACUAGUUUCUCUCCUCCAUCUACUCACACCCAUUAUUCAUUCAAAUCAUGGAUUUUUUGCAAACACCAGAAAAUCAGAUACUUGUGGGUGUGGCCGUGGCUCUUGUAGCCGUUGGGGUUGGUGCUAUUUAUCUCUAUUCAUCUAAGAAGACCAAAGGUUCCUUGGACCCCGAGAAUUUCAGGGAGUUUAAACUUGUCAACCGUGCACAGCUGAGCCAUAAUGUUGCAAAGUUCAAAUUUGGACUACCAACACCUACUUCUGUUUUGGGCCUUCCAAUUGGGCAACACAUAAGUUGCAGGGGUAAGGACAGUCAAGGUGAAGAGGUUAUCAAACCAUAUACCCCUACUACUUUGGAUUCUGAUGUUGGAUAUUUUGAGCUAGUUAUUAAGAUGUAUCCACAAGGAAGGAUGUCACACCAUUUCCGUGAGAUGCGUGUUGGUGACUAUCUUGCUGUGAAAGGACCCAAGGGACGUUUCAAGUACCAACCAGGCGAUGUUAGAGCAUUUGGGAUGCUUGCUGGAGGGUCUGGAAUCACUCCAAUGUUCCAGGUUGCUAGAGCUAUACUAGAAAACCCAAAUGACAGGACCAAGGUGCAUCUUAUCUAUGCCAAUGUUACAUAUGAGGACAUUCUUUUGAAGGAGGAACUUGAUGGGCUUGCUACUAACUAUCAGGAUCGGUUCAAAAUAUACUACGUGCUAAAUCAGCCUCCUGAAGUAUGGGAUGGUGGUGUUGGUUUUGUAUCAAAGGAGAUGAUUCAAACCCAUUGCCCUGCUCCAGCACAUGAUGUCAAGAUAUUGAGAUGUGGCCCACCACCAAUGAACAAGGCUAUGGCUGCUCACCUUGAUACCCUUGGAUAUGCUUCUGAGAUGCAGUUCCAGUUCUGAUUGUCUUCAUUGGAGUGCUUAACUUGGCAUUUCAUGGCCUUGGCUGUUAACAAAUAUGUAGCAAUUUUCUCUCCUGGCUAUGAAUCUGUGAAGCCUUGGAUCAAAGUGCAUUUAGUUUCACAACAGUGUGGAAUAAUUGUUUCUCAUUUGAUAAUGAGAUUGCUACAGUGACCAUGUGCUAGAAGUGCAAAAUAAUUAAACUUACUAGAUUGUUAUACUGUAUUAACUUGAUCUCAAUAUCAUAUUUUGAUUGUGCUAAAUUUUGGGAUAAAAAAAUCAUGCAUAAGUUAGA